AUGAAAGCAAUCCUAUGUGUAUGCUCUUUACAAGCACUUCGAUGCAUGGGAAGCUUUGGAGGUCCUUCGUUUCCGCUAUAUAAUGAUGCAACAAGUCUAAUAAAAAAAAAAUCUCCAGCCAACAGAGUAGAGGCUUUCUGGAGUCAAGUGAAUGGGAGGCUCCAGGAUGAUCCGGCACCAGCGCAGCCGGUGGAAAGGGCUCCAAUUUGGGAAGAAGAUAUCAAUAGCUACUUGAACACUGUUCGGCAGUUCCGGAAGCCUAGAACUGGAUGUGUGGACGAUUAUUUGGAGGAAAAGGGUUCAAAGAAAGAAGCGCAGAUGCAAAUUAAAUUCAUGUUGGAGGACUUCUACUUUAUGACCAAAGACCUUGAUAGCUUCAUAAAGGAAAAUGAAAAUGAACCAGCCAAACAGUUCCUGAUUCCAUUUGCUCAAGAGAUGAAAUCUGUCCACAAGUUGCUAUUGCAACCCAGCAUAGAGAAUGUGUUAGGGAAAUGGGCAUACUACUAUGAUUUACCACAACCUAAGAUCUUUGAAGAGGGAAUUUAUGCACCAGAAGAGUAUAUCCAGGAGAUUUUUUCAAAAAAAGUUUUGAACUUCAUGAUUUUUGUGAGCUGA